UAUGCUGUUAUUCCGAAUAUUCGAAAUAAUAAAAAUAUUGAAAGAAUGAAAUUAAUCACUACGAUAGCUCGAUUAGUUGGUGAUGAUCAUAUUGUUAACCUUGAUGAUCCGGACUUGGUAAUUAUUGUUGAAAUAUUUAAGAAUAUAUGUGGUAUGAGCGUUUUAUCGGAUUAUAAAAGAUUAAAAAAAUAUAAUAUCGAAAGUAUUUUUGAGGAUAAAGAGCAGAAUGAAGAACCGGAAGAACAAAAUGAGCAGAAUGAACAGGGAGAACAAAAUGAGCAGAGUGAACAGA